UAGUGAUCUGACCUUACGAAUCAAUUUACAUUUCUGGUUAUUGAAUGUGUUCAUUAGCCUAAAUUGAAAACAAGUAGUGAGAGUGUGAGAGAAAGAGUUACAGCAAAAAGGCCGAGAAACUACAAAACAAGCCAAAAGUGUUGGCUUGAGAAGAAGAACAAGAAAUCCAAAUCGUGUUAACUCAUCUUAUUGUCGAUGUAACCUCGUUAAAUGGUGAUCAUCUUUAAAUUAUCAGUUAAUUUACUCGAUGGUUAAUAGUCGGUGUCUCAACUCAACGUUUACAAUGCUGAUAAUUUGGUAAAGUUCAUCACAUGUUUGUGCGCCUUUCAACUUACCAACCCUUUUAAUAUUCACUGGACAUCGAUAAAUUAAUUUACUUGUGACUUAAUCUCCAAUCACCAUUAGAAUAGUGAACACACAUAAUAUUAAUUGUCAUCAUCACCAUUACCCAUCAACCUGCAGUUUACCUGGAAGUUGUAAACAGAAAGAAAAAAGUCUUCUGUAAAUUAAUUAUUAACCAUAUUUUCCUGUGAUAUUUACAAGCCAUUGUGUGGACCCUUCAUCAUCUGUAUUGGAACACAGUUAAUUUAUUUAAUUGUCCCUCCAAUCAUUAUAAUUCCCAAUGAAUUAAUGGUUCCAUCUCGAUUAAUCUUCAAGUGUUGGCCUCUCUGUAAACCUUGGUUAUGCUGAUAAUUUCUGGUUUUUUUACAAGAGACCUUACAAACCUAAACCCAAACCCAAAGGACUCACAUUUAACCAUUAAGCCUACCGUUUUAGCUCACCCUUCAUGGAUCAUGUGUUAACCCUAACCCAUUUUACUGGUUAAGAGUAUGGAUUGAUAGUUUUACAAUAUAUUUUUGUGAUUAUCAUAUUAAUCAACAAUCAACUGCAAGUGUUUCUUAAUCAAAGUAAAAGUUAAAAGUGCCUUUUGGACUAAAAAGCAUAAUCAAAAUGAUAAAGUAGAGGUGAAGAUACUUUUAGGUUUCUCUUUUUCAUGACCAUGUUAAUGGAUUAACAUUAUAACAUAAUAAACAUAUAAUAAUCGUUAUUGAAAACGAAAUUGUGCUAAUUAAGCUACACCAAUUGUUAUUAAUAUAUCAUUACCACUCAAUUGCUACAAGAUAAACAUCAUUGGAAAGAGGUAAAAACAACAAACAAGAAACGGCGUUUUUUUGUUUUCUUCAAUUAACUUGCCUCUCCUAAUCAUCAUCAACUACAUCAUUACACAUUACAUCUUCAUCUAAACUCUUCAUCAUAAUCAUCAUCAUCACCAUCAUAAUAAUCAUCCAGUAAAAGUUAACAACCAAAACAAUCAUCAAGGAAACACCAAAACGCAAGCAAAAAGAAACUCCAAGAACAAUAAUAAUUAUAAUUUGGGAAACCAAGUUAACAUUAAAAUUAACAGAAGAGCAGAAAAGCCAGAAACAAAAAAUUAACCCGAAAGUUUAAGUAAAUCAAAUGAUGGCUUAUCAAAAUGAUAAUUAUUUUAGGUGUCAAGUAAUGAGAAAUGAUUGGAUCGGUAAAACAAUUAGUAAAUUAUCAUCACCUGAAUGUUACAGUCAACAGUCAAUGAUUAAAGUUUACAAUGAAAUGGUUUCUCUUGUGUUCAACCCUGCUAACCCGAUGAAAAGCAACAAUUACCCAAAAAACCAGAUAAACACUUCAAAGUCAAAUUCAUUAACAUGGUUCAUUUUGUCUGGUAUAAUCAGAUAAUCCAUUUUGUUAAACAAAAAUUAAAUCCAUUGGCUGGUUCAACGGUCAUCCAAAAGUGUUGUCGCUUCUAGUCGAUAACAAUCAUCGAUUGAUUUACAUUAAUUCUGACCGUCGCAAGACUCUAAAUUGAAAGACUUUAAAUUAUUUCACUAAAUUAGUUUAUCAUUGGUUUGUGUUUGUUGCUGUCAACUGGAACUUUAAUAGCAAAACAAUCAACUUUAAUUUUGUUUUCUUCAAAUCAAAUUUUUUGGUAAACUCUAAACCUUCAUCUGCAAGUUUCAAUCAAAACAAUCAUUUUUUAUCUCUCCUCGAGAUCCAUUAAUGUGGCUUAAUGGUUUAACUGUCAUAUUCAUUAAACAAUUAUAUGUGCCAUUUGUUAAUUGUUUUGGUUUAACCUUAAAAAUCGUUCAACUCUUCGUAGUGUCCAUGGACUAUCAAAUAGUCCCUAAACAGGAUCAAGUGAAAUUGGAUUAAUCAUUUCCAGUUAACUGAGACUUUCUUUUUUCUGUCCUUUUUGUUUUAAACAACUUCUAGCACCCUAAUUACAAGUUUAGUAUUAUCAUCAAAAUUGAUCAAAUCAUCGUGUGCUGAAGUAAAAUACUUAAUGAUCUCUAACUGUUCCUUGUAAAGGAAUCAAUUGCAAUUGAAAUCCACCAGCAAUCGAGAAAUUGUCAUUUCUCUCAGCAAUCGGAAAAGAAGCACAACUUCAACAGAUUGAAUUAUCACUCAAAGUGAUCUUUUCUUUUUGUUACAAAAUUUCAAUAAGUUUCUCAUUUAAUACAUUAUUUUUUUCUCCUUUGGUUAAUAGUGAAAUUUACUAAACCAAUUCACUGGAUUGUGAAGUGAAUGAUUGUCUCAUCAGUCGAUGAACAACUCAACCAAUCAACCCAAAAUUAUUGCACACCAUUAAUACUCACAAUUGAAACAGAAAGCAUUUCUGUAAACAAAUAAAGAGAAACUUGGUUUUUCGAGUUAUCAAGUAAAUUAAACUCGAAAAAUAGUCAUCAACAUCAUCAAGUCAUCAUCAUUUGGCUUCAUCAGCCAUCAUUAUCCUCAUUAACGGCAAAUUAACAAAUAUUGUCAAUUUCAGCUCUUUCAAUAGUCUCUUCAUCAACAUUAGAAAAGCGAACAAAGUUUGAUUUCAUUUGCCCAAGGCAAAGUAAAAAAAGUAUAUAAAAAUAAUAUCAGACUUGAAGAGACUUUAAUUACUGAUUCGAGUCAACUAAAUAAAAUUAGACAAAAAGCAAGGUAAAGAAGAAUAAAGGAAAUAAUAAUCAAAACAACAAUCAAGAGAAUAAAAUUUAACGGUUGAAGAAAAGUUAAUUUUUUGGAAAAUUGUCAUUUUGUUAUUAAAUAGCAAUUGAUAGUGAAAAAAGCAUUAUUAGACUGUUGAGUUGUAAACUUAAUUUAAGUCACUUUGGGUCGCCCAGCGACGAUAAACAAGCUUGUUAUCAAUUGUUAUUUGUUGGUAAAGAAUGCAGAACGGAGCUUUUCCUUGGGUCGGAUCUUCGACACUUGGACCAGGACAAAAGUGGCCUGGCUACCAGGCCAGUAUUACUGAUCUUUUUUUAAAGAAAAGCGCACCUUCUCUUGCCCAUCAUCACCCAUUUCCCUCUGGAAUCUCUCAAUUGGCUGCCGCGUCAUCUUAUCUUGAAAAGAUGACUGGAUUCGCACAAGGCGGAGGAAAUGGAUCACUAACAUCAUCUUCAUCAUCAUCUUCACUGCUCGGAGGAUCUGGUGCUCCUAAUAAUUCCAACUCAAAUUCCAAUAAUACUUCAAGUGGAGCUCUUUUGGCAUCGGUUGGUCAACACCAUUCACAUCAUUCUCUUCAUUCCCAUCACCAGUCGAGUCAGAGCAACAGUAAUAAUACAAAUAAUAAUAGUAGUAAUAACAAUAAUAGCCAUGGUCAUCAAGCGUCAUCUUCAAAUCACAAUCACCAUCAGCAUCAAAAUCAGCAUACAACUUCAGGUGCCAGUUCAUCUUCAACACCCAGUCCAUUAAGUUUUCACAAAUGUCCACAUCAGCUUCAAGGUGAUUCUGGUAAGGAACCUUGUGGUUUAUGUUCAAGUUCAAAUAUUAACUCUAACACAAAUAAUAAUGGUGCAAACGGUGGAAAUGGUAACAAUAGUAAUAAUAAUAGUAACCGUAUUAAUAGCAAUUUAAACAGUUGCAGUCCGAGUAAUAAUAGUAGCAACAGUAACAGCAGUAAUAAUGAUAAAAAUCCAAAUGGUAAAGAUAAUUCAGAUAAUUUAAACGCCAAUUGCUCAAAUAGACUUUCAAAUGAAACGUCAUCCCCCUCUGGGCCAAAUUACAAGUGCACUCAUGUUGAUAAUCAAAAGAAAGGUAAUUCAUGUAAUAUGUGCCAGCCAUAUACAUCAAUUUGCGGAGGUGAUAGUACUUCCAAUUCUGGUUUAAAUCUUGAAAGUUUAAAGAAUGUAACCGAUGCCAUAUCAACUGUGACAGUAGCAGCAGCAGCUGUUAAUUGCUCAACCAAUAAUAGUAACAAUAAUAAUAGUAAUAACAAUAGUGGAGGUGGUAAUGGUACUAAUAGUAAUGGUAAUGCAACUGGUGGUGUUGCGGGUCCAGUCCGAGGUUCAAGUGAAGCUUUACUUGCAGUCGCCUCAUCAUCGGCAACAGCCGCCGCUGCAGCGGCUGCUGCUGCUGCUGCGGCAGUCAUGUUAGAUUCAAAGGGCACUCAUCACCAUGCACAUCACCAUCACUCGGCACAUGGAUCAACACACAAUCCCCACCACCACCAUAAUCCCCAUCACCACCAUCACCACCAUUCUGCUCACCAAUUACAUCACCAUCAUAUUAAUACAACAGGAUCAUCAAAUUCUCCUGCUUCUUCUUCUUCAGCAGCUCUGGCUGCGUCCGGCCAUUCCUUAGGUCAUCAUCACCAUUCGUCACCUUUUACCAGUACAAGUUUGUCCUCACUUAUACCACAUUCCAAUGGUCCACCAAGCCUUUAUACGCGUCGAUAUUCAACUGGAUCAACAAGCUCAUCUGGCGAUCACCGAUCCAAACAUGGUGGUAGUUCAAAUAGUGGACGUACAUUCCUUUGUCCAGUUUGUUAUCGUUGUUUCACUCAAAAGGGUAACCUGAAAACACACAUGAUGAUACAUACUGGUGAAAAACCUUUUGGUUGUCAGAUUUGUGGAAAAAGUUUCACCCAGAAAGGGAAUGUUGAUACACACAUGAAAAUACACACGGGAGAGCGAGACUAUCGUUGUCAAUCUUGUGGUAAAGGAUUUACCCAGAAAGGUAACCUUAAGACUCAUGUUCGCUCUGUCCAUACCAAAGAAAAGCCCUAUGUUUGUGGUAUUUGUGGUAAAGGAUUUAGCCAGAAGGGUAAUAUGCAUACCCACCUGAGAACGCAUAGUAAAGACAAUCGAUUCCCAUGUCCACUUUGUGGUAAAACAUUCUCUCAAAAGGGUAACCUGAAGACUCACAUGCAGAGGCACAAUGGAAUAGCUCCUGUUAGACGUAAUCCAAGCAAGAAAAGUUCAAAAUCGGGAAACCACCAGAAUGCGACUGGAUCCAGUUCUGGAAAUAGUGCCAAUACCGCCAGCAGCAACAACCACAAUAAUCAGCCUUUUAGCUCAUCAGGUAGCAGUGGACACAAUGAAGGAACACCAAUCAAUGGUUCAUCAGCAGCCGCGAUCUCUACAAUCUUACCUAUGGUCCUCGCAACUUCACGAAGCUCAUUGUUACCCAGUACCACGACUCAACAUCCAUCCCAGCAGCAACCCCAUGGUUCAGGCAAUGGACAAUCUCAAGGAAUCCAACCGAUGGACUUCUUCUGGCCAGCAGGGGUGACAACGUGUUAGCUGAUAGUUAAUAAAUUGAUUAUCAUCAUAGGAUCCAAUUCUGACGAGAAAAAGCGAUUUGGAAAAACCUGAACAAGACUUCCAACAGACGCUUAAAUUCAAUUGACAAGGCAAGACAAUAUUGAAAGCCAUACUCGAAAACAAUUUUACAAUUUAUUGUAUUAGAGAGAUACUCAAUCAUCAAUACAUCCAUGCAUUUUAUCGUCAUUGUCAUCAUGUUAAUGUGCUAUUACCUUUUAUCAUUACAUUUCUAAUGAUAUACCCAUUACUAUUAUUAUUAAUAUUAAUAUUAAUGCUACUACAACUAUCAUCUUAUAUCACAGGAAAAAGUACACACUCAAUUGAAACCACAACAACUGUCAUAAUUAUUACUGUAAUUAUAUUUAUUCAUUACUCGAGAGCUCACACAUUCAAAUUUACAAAAAAAAGACAAAACUUGACAAAAACAGUAACACAGAUUCAAGCGAAACAAAAGCUAAACAAUUGAUUGUGUAUGUUGAUAUAUAAAUGCGUCUCCAAUCAUUUCUUUUUUCUUCUCUCCUCAGCCUUGACUUCGUAAAUUUACAAUUUAAUCAUAAUUAAUUAAUUAUGAUACUUACUACAACAUUAAUGUUUCAAUUGCUCGAAAUGCAACAAAAACAAAAAAACAAAAUUGAUUUCAAAUUUAUUUUGUUCCCUCACCCUAUAAAACCCUUUUUUCAAUGGUUCAAAACCUUUUUUUGUCUUCAUCUAUUGCUCAUUGUAAGUCAAAACAUUUUUUUUCUGAUCAAAUUUCUGUGAAUUUUCAUGUCUUUUAUUUCCCUCUCUUUCCUCUGUCUCUGUUUCUCCCUCUCUUUAUCUUGGAUAAAAUAAAAAACCAACUUUUUCAGUAAAAAUAACCAUCCAUGUCUCUAUUAAACAAUCAAUAAUAAAA